AAAAUUGUUUCAAUGUCACCAUAAUCACUGUACACAUGAAUAUGAUAGGUGAUUACAUAUAAUUAAUUGUAUCGUUACCGCACGCGCAGCACAGCGAUACAGCGGCUCAUUCCCUAGGGCACCGGGUUACUGCGGAGGGUGCGGUGCAGGAGUGUGACUCGGCUGUCAGUGAGACCAGCUACAUGGCGGCCACCUUGGUGUUUGUGAGGAGAAGAGGCUGCCCAGGCCUGUCGGCCGCACUGCAGCCACGGAAAUGGACGUGUGGCCACAUGUCAGUAAGAUAUGCGUCAGAAGCAGGAAGAAGUAAAAUUGAGAAGGUUCUAAUUGCAAACAGAGGAGAGAUUGCUUGCAGGGUGAUGCGCACAGCUAAGAAGAUGGGAGUGCAAUCAGUGGCUGUAUAUAGUGAAGCAGACAGGAAUUCUAUGCAUGUCUCACUGGCGGAUGAAGCGUAUCUUAUUGGUCCAGCUGCUUCUCAACUGAGUUAUCUAGCAAUGGACAAAAUAUUACAAGUAGCAAAAACAUCAGGUGCGCAGGCUGUUCAUCCAGGUUAUGGUUUCCUGUCAGAAAAUACAGAAUUUGCAGAACUGUGUAAGAAAGAGAGCAUCAUUUUUGUUGGACCUCCUUCCUCUGCUAUUAGAGAUAUGGGAAUAAAAAGCACAUCAAAGUCCAUUAUGUCUGCUGCCGGUGUUCCCAUCAUAGAGGGAUACCAUGGGGAAGACCAAUCUGACCAACACCUUAGAGAACAGGCUGGGGCUAUCGGGUAUCCUGUGAUGAUUAAAGCAGUUCGUGGGGGAGGCGGUAAGGGCAUGAGAAUUGCAAGGUCCGAAGAAGAGUUUGUGGAACAACUUGAGUCUGCUCGAAGAGAAGCAAUAAAAUCAUUUAAUGAUGAUGUCAUGUUAAUUGAAAAGUUUGUUGACAAUCCCAGACACGUAGAAGUGCAAGUGUUUGGUGACCAGCACGGAAAUGCAGUAUAUUUAUUUGAAAGAGACUGCAGUGUACAGAGAAGACACCAGAAAAUCAUUGAGGAAGCGCCUGGGCCUGGAAUUAGUCCUGAAGUGAGGAGAAAGCUCGGAGAAGCCGCUGUCAGAGCUGCAAAAGCCGUUAACUAUGUGGGUGCAGGAACUGUGGAAUUUAUAAUGGACUCAAAACACAAUUUUUACUUUAUGGAGAUGAACACACGCCUGCAGGUGGAGCAUCCAGUCACAGAGAUGGUCACCGGAACUGACCUAGUAGAGUGGCAGCUUCGGGUGGCAGCUGGGGAGAGGAUCCCUGUAACUCAGGAUGAAAUCACCCUGAAUGGGCAUGCGUUUGAAGCUAGAAUAUAUGCAGAAGAUCCUAAUAAUAACUUUAUGCCAGGAGCCGGGCCACUACUGCAUCUCUCUACUCCACCAGCAGAAAUAGACACACGCAUUGAAACUGGGGUCAGACAAGGUGAUGAGGUUUCUGUACAUUACGACCCCAUGAUUGCCAAGCUAGUGGUGUGGGCAAAGGAUCGCCAAGCAGCACUGACAAAGUUGAAGUAUUGCUUACGACAGUACAAUAUUGUCGGCCUAAGCACUAAUAUUGAUUUCCUCCUCAGUCUUUCGGGACACCCGGCAUUUGAAGCAGGGGAUGUACAUACUAAUUUUAUUCCUCAGCAUUAUAAUGAACUCUUUCCACCUAAGAAAGGAACCUCCAGUGAAAUGUUGUGCCAGGCUGCACUUGGUCUUAUUCUGAAGGAGCAAGUCUUAACUAACGAGUUCAAUCUAAAGUGGGAAGAUAGAUUCUCUCCAUUUGCUUCCAGUGGCAGCAGAAGACUAAAUAUAUUAUAUACCAGAAACCUCUCCUUGAUGGAUGGAGAAAAUAAAGUGGAUAUGAAAAUCAAUUACAAUCAUGACGGAUCAUUUGACAUAAAGAUUCAAGAUAGAGUGCUGAAAGUGUCAGGAGAGCUGGUGAAUGAGGGCGAUGUUACAUAUCUGAAAUGUUCUGUGGAUGGAACGCUUUGUAAAUCCAAACUCAUUAUCAUUGAUAACACCAUACAUCUAUUCUCAAUGGAUGGCAGUGUGCAGCUGAGUAUCCCCAUUCCCAAAUAUCUGUCAGAAGUUAGCGCAUCAGGAACACAAAGAGCGGCCGUAGCACCGAUGACUGGAACUAUAGAAAAGGUGUUUGUAAAAGUGGGUGAUAAAGUAGAAGCUGGAGAUCCUCUGAUGGUCAUGAUUGCUAUGAAAAUGGAGCACACGAUAAGAUCACCAAAAGCUGGCACCAUCAAAAAGGUUCACUUCAAAGAAGGUGUCCAAGCCAGCAGACAUGCUCCACUUGUUGAGUUUGAAGAAGAAGCCGAGUCAGAAUAAUUUCUAUGAAAUACCUGCUUCUUGUGUUAUUACAAGAAAUGAUCAUUAUAUUGUUCCUGUUACUUUAAACAUUCUAUACUGGUUUACAGACAACCAUGAAAUAAAAAUAUCCUUGAUUUGAAAA